AUGAACGCAGCGUGGACCCGAUCGGGGCCGGAUGUGCUGAAGGCGUUCGAUACAGAUGUGCGCACAGGAUUGCUUGGUGUACAAGCAGCGCAGAGUCUUGCGAAAUAUGGUCCUAACGAACUUAAAGAGAAAGAAAACACUCCUCUUUGGCACCUGAUCCUGGAGCAAUUCCAGGACCAGCUAGUAAUUAUUUUGCUUGCAUCUGCAGUGAUUUCUCUCGUGCUUGCGUUGUUCGAAAAUGAGGGAAGUUUGGCAAACGCGCUGGUUGAACCCAGCGUAAUUUUCUUGAUCCUCAUUGCGAACGCCACUGUUGGCGUGCUGCAGGAGCGAAACGCGGAUCAAUCGAUUCAGGCGCUCCGUGAGUACUCCCCUGAAAUGGCCAUUGUUGUGCGCGACGGCGAGACGCAGUACAUCGAGGCUGCUCGCCUUGUGCCUGGCGACGUUGUCGUUCUUUCUACGGGCGACCGCGUCCCUGCGGAUUGUCGCAUUGUCGAGUUGCGCUCAAGUGAAGUUCAGGUUGACCAGGCGAUCCUCACUGGCGAGUCAGAGAGCGUGUACAAGUCGCUGGACGUUGUGCAAGACCCUCGCGCCGUGAAACAGGACAUGACAAACAUGCUGUUUGCCGGCACGACGCUUGUUUCCGGGUCUUGUCUUGCCGUUGUGGUCCUCACUGGUGCACAUACGGCUAUUGGCGACAUCCAUGCCGAGAUUGACCAGGACACCGAGUCCAAGACCCCUCUGCAAGAGAAAUUGGACGAGUUUGGCGACGUGCUGGCCAAGGCGAUUAUGGUGAUUUGUAUCCUGGUCUGGGUCGUGAACAUUGGCAACUUUUUCGAUCCCAUCCACCAUGGCUGGGUACGUGGCGCCGUGUACUACUUUAAAAUUGCCGUCGCCCUCGCAGUUGCUGCCAUUCCCGAAGGACUGGCCGCUGUCAUCACAGCGUGUCUUGCGCUCGGCACCCAGAAAAUGGCUCAGCGCAAUGCGAUUGUGCGCCAUCUUCCCAGUGUAGAGACGCUCGGCUCCACAAGCGUCAUUUGCUCGGACAAGACGGGCACACUCACGACGAACCAAAUGAGCGUCAAGCGUGUUGUACUGGCAUCCGACUUGGACCAUGCAUAUACGGUGACGGGCACGAGCUUUGGUCCCGAAGGGUCGUUUUUGGACUUGCAAGGAAAGCUGGUGAGUCACCCAAACCGCCAAGGAAAUGCACUGCACGCGCUCGUCGAGACGUGUGCCGUGUGCAACGACGCAAAGAUCUCCAUGGACGCGCACAAGCAGUACAAGGCCGUUGGUCAGGCAACCGAGGCUGCGCUGCGCACCUUGGUGGAAAAGAUCGGCCACCACGACGGCGUAAAGCAGGCGCACAUCACCGCCCUCUCGCCGGAAAUGCGCGCAAACGGCGUGUGCUCUGCGUACGUCGAGGAGCAUCCGCGCCUCUACACGUACGAAUUCACGCGCGACCGCAAACUCAUGUCGACCAUGGUCCGCCAAGGGACCAAUGGUGCGCGCCUCCUUGUCAAAGGGGCGCCUGAAUCGGUGCUGGACCGCUGCACACAGGUAUGCGGCGGCGCGGCGUGCAAGCCUCUGGACGAGCGCACGCGUGCAGAGAUCGAAGCGCAGGUGUGCGAAAUGGGCAAACAAGGACUGCGUGCACUGGCAAUUGCCGUGCGUGAUGAUCUCGACGCUACGCGUGUCCCCAACACGGUGCAGCAAUUUGGCGAGCUCGAGCACAACCUUGCCUUUGUCGGCAUUGUCGGCAUGCGCGAUCCUCCGCGCCCGGAAGUGCGCGAGGCUGUGCAGGCUUGCAAGAAUGCCGGCGUCCGCAUCGUUGUCAUCACGGGCGACAACCAGCGAACGGCCGAAGCCAUCUGCAGUCAGAUUGGCUUGUUUGACGAGCAAGGUACGGACAAGAUUUCCUACACGGGCCGCGACCUCGACAUUAUGAGCGACGCUGAAAAGAAGAAGAUGGCGCAGCACGCUGUGUUGCUUUCGCGCACAGAGCCAUCGCACAAGAGCCAAAUGGUAGACCUCUUGCAGGCACAAGGCCAAGUCGUUGCCAUGACUGGUGACGGUGUCAACGACGCGCCUGCCCUGAAACGUGCAGAUAUCGGCGUUGCAAUGGGCACUGGCACCGAUGUUGCGAAGCUCGCUGCGGAUAUGGUGCUGGCCGACGACAAUUUUGCGACGAUUGUCGCGGCGAUUGAGGAAGGCCGCAGCAUUUACAACAAUAUGCAGUCUUUUAUCCGCUACCUGAUCUCGUCCAACAUUGGCGAGGUGGUCAGUAUUUUCCUGACCGUGCUCCUGGGCAUGCCCGAGGCGCUGAUUCCUGUGCAGCUUCUCUGGGUCAAUCUGGUCACCGAUGGCUUGCCGGCCACCGCGCUUGGCUUCAAUCCCCCUGACGGCGCUGUGAUGAAGCUGAAGCCGCGCCGCCGCGACGAGCAGCUCAUUUCUCGGUGGCUGUUUGUUCGGUACAUGCUGAUUGGCACGUUUGUGGGUGUGGCUACCGUGUUUGGCUAUGCGUGGUGGUUCAUGUUUUACAGCAAUGGGCCGCGCAUUACCUUUUACCAGCUCACCCACUUCCACCACUGUGCCACGUCUUUUCCCGAGAUUGGUUGUGCCAUGUUUCACGACGAAGCGGCGCGCCAUGCGUCGACAAUGAGCUUGAGCAUUUUGGUCACGAUCGAGAUGCUGAAUGCCUUUAACUCGCUUUCGGAUGUGGAUAGUCUGCUCACACACUCGCCUCUCAAGAACCUUUGGCUGGUCGGUGCUGUGAUGUUGUCCAUGAUGCUGCACAUGAUGAUUCUCUACGUGCCCUACUUCCGUGAACUCUUUUCGAUCACGCCGCUGAAUGGGAAAGAAUGGACCGCAGUGUUUGUUAUUUCUUUCCCGGUGCUGCUGAUUGACGAAGUGUGCAAAUGGCUCACGCGGCGGGAUAUUGCACAGCAGGGUGCAGUCAAGGGUAAAAAGGAGCAGUAA